ACCUCCCUCUCUCUCGAAGCCUCAUCUCUCUACCACCAACUGAACCCCACGCAUUCUCCCACCGCAACUCCGCCCCUGACCACCGCAACUCCGCCGUGCGUAGCUUGAAAGGAAACUCCAAUUCGACGCUCCAGAGUGCUCCGUAGCUUCACUUUCAGAGGGUAUAUCUAAUGGCAAUCGUGCCUGGUGGGAGUACAUGGGUGGCUCGAUGGGGAGUUCAACCUCAAUUAGUGUCCAGAGCUUCUUUAACAAGCAAGUCGUUUAUGCAUUUGCCUCUUGUUCCGAUCAAUACAAGAGAAUUGGCAUCACCAUGUUCUGCCUUCUGUUCACAAGGUUCUCUGCAUGCACUGUGUGAUAUGGGGUCAUUUGGCAAAUCUCAUCACAGAAGAGGUGGCCGCCUCGUUGUUAGAGCUGAAAGUGAUUUUUAUUCAGUACUUGGCGUGUCAAAGAAUUCUAGCAAAGCAGAAAUAAAAAGUGCAUAUAGGAAGCUUGCAAGGAGUUACCAUCCUGAUGUGAACAAAGAACCAGGAGCUGAACAAAAAUUCAAGGACAUUAGCAAUGCUUAUGAGGUUUUAUCAGAUGAUGAGAAGCGAUCCAUAUAUGACAGGUAUGGGGAGGCUGGGCUUAAAGGUGCUGGCGUUGGCACAGGGGAUUUUAGCAACCCAUUUGAUCUCUUUGAAUCAUUGUUUGAUGGCUUGGGUGGGAUGGGCGGGAUGGGUGGCAUGGGAGGAAGAAGUCAACGUAACAGGGCUACACAAGGGGAAGACCAGGGUUACAAUCUGGUUCUAAACUUCAAAGAAGCCAUAUUUGGUGUUGAAAAGGAGAUUGAAGUAACCCGGCUCGAGAGCUGUGGAACUUGCAACGGGUCCGGUGCCAAACCCGGGACGAAUGCAUCCAAAUGCACCACAUGUGGUGGUCAAGGUCAAGUCAUCUCGUCGGCUAGAACCCCAUUGGGCGUGUUUCAGCAAGUCAUGACCUGCUCUUCUUGUAACGGAAGUGGUGAAAUCUCCACUCCUUGUAAUACAUGCAGCGGAGAUGGACGAGUAAGAAAAUCCAAGCGGAUCAGCCUCAAAGUUCCGGCCGGAGUGGACGCAGGCAGCCGUUUGCGGGUCCGGUCCGAGGGCAACGCUGGAAGGAAAGGUGGACCCCCCGGAGACCUAUUUGUGAUGAUCGACGUUCUUUCAGAUCCCGUUCUGAAACGGGAUGACACAAACAUUCUCUACACUUGCAAAAUCACGUAUAUCGACGCUAUAUUGGGGACGACAAUGAAGGUGCCGACGGUCGAUGGGAUGGUGGAUCUGAAAAUCCCGUCCGGGACCCAGCCGGGGACGACGCUGGUGAUGGCAAAGAAGGGGGUGCCGGUCUUGAACAAGAACAACAUGAGGGGUGAUCAGUUGGUGAGAGUGCAGGUCGAGAUACCGAAACGGUUGAGCGGAGACGAGAGGAAGCUAAUCGAAGAGCUUUCAAACCUCAAGAAGGGAAAAGUUCCCAACAGCAGCAGUAUAUAAUAGGGUAAACGGGAACCGAAAAUUUUACGGUUUCUUUCACAAAUUUCAGUUGCAAGGUUUUACCCACAGUUGAAUCACCAAGUUCGUCAUGGAUUUGUUGAAGGGACCGCAAAUUAGUGCGGUUUUUGGGGUGUAGAUCAUGUAAGGCAAAUCUAUACAUGGUUUAUAUAAUACUGGCUGCUGGUGUGAAGUAGAGAGGGAUUCAUAUAAUUUAUUGCUAAAUAUCUUUGGCAGGAUUUUGGAUUUUGGAUCUUGGAUUUUGCUUAUAAAAGUGUAAAUUGGUGCGCACAUUAAUUACCCUUUGUUGAUUGACAUCCAUUAU